AUGGCACCUCAAGUAGACCUUUCUAUUGCUAAGAUUGGAUAUGAGAUUGAAAAAUUCUUUGGAAGACAGAAAAGUUUUGGCAAUAAUACUAAUCCACCAGCAACUCAAAAUCUCUGUCAGUAUAAGUUUUAUCCAAGCUAUGGAGCUACUACUAUUACCAAAAAUGUAGAAGAACUCACUUGCAACGAAGCUGCUUCCAAGUUCAUACCCGAAAAGAGAGCAGAUCAGUUGCAUGCUAAAGUUUGUAAUUAUGUUGGUGCUGCUCCUCGUCCAAGAGUAAGACCUGUUGCUGGUCCUGAUAUCUACAGAGGUAAAAAUGUGGCUAAAGAUUCUCUUCUUCCUGGUGAGAAAGUUGUUAAUGUGAUGAGUUUGGGAGCAAAACCAGAUGGAAAAUUUGAUUGCACUGAGGAUAAAACCAAACAAGCCCGGGCCUUAUUUCAUUAUGUGCAGGCUUUCAUGGGCGCAUGGAGAGAAGCCUGCCAUUCCAAUGUACAAGCCCGGCUUCUAAUCCCUCGAGGCACAUUCCUUGUUUCAACAAUGUUCUUUGCAGGCCCAUGUCAAACUCCAGGGCCAGUAACAAUUCAAGUUAUAGGCACAGUUUUAGCUACAGGAGACAUUAGCGAUUACGUGAAUGGCGAAUGGCUCAUGUUUCGCGACAUAGCAGGCAUUAAACUUAUCGGUGGAGGCAUCUUCGAUGGGAAUGGUAAAGCUGCAUGGCAAUUUUCUCAAAAUUGUGAAGCUGAUCCAACUAACCAAUGUGUUAGGUCUCCUAGUAGCAUUUAUUUCAGUAAUGUUACAAACGGAAUUAUACAGAACAUAAAAUCGGUAAAUCCAAAAGGGUUUCACUUUUUUAUUACUAACUCCGCAAACAUUAGACUUCGAUUACUUAGGCUCACCGCGCCAGAUACUAGCCCAAAUACAGAUGGUCUUCAUGUAAGUCAUUCAAUAAACGUGAAAAUAUCAAAAAGUACUAUUGAAACCGGAGACGAUUGCAUCUCCAUGAUUCAAGGAGUUACCAAUGUUGCCAUCAAAAGAGUCAGAUGUGGUCCAGGACACGGUAUCAGUAUUGGAAGUCUUGGAAAGUAUCCAGAUGAGAUAGAGGUGAGAGAUGUUCGAGUAAUGAGGACCACAUUAAUCGGCACAGACAAUGGUCUAAGAAUCAAAACAUGGCCAGAUAAGUAUCAAGGAGCCGCAUCAAAAAUCACUUUUAGUAACAUCACUAUGGAAAAUGUUAAAAAUCCUAUCAUCAUUGACCAAGAGUAUGAAUGUCAACCAAACUGCCAAAAAAAGCCUUCACUUGUAAAGCUAAGCGAUAUAAUUUUUAGAAAUAUAAAAGGAACAACAAUUAGUCCAGUUGCAGUGGAUUUAAGGUGUAGCAAGCAAUUUCCUUGCCAAAAUGUUAGACUUGAAAACAUAGAUCUCCAACUUGGUGCAACUCCUACUGGCUCAAGAUGUACCAACAUCAAACCUAUCUACGUUGGUUUGCAAAAACCACCACCUUGUGCAUAGGUCACCAUUUUUCUACCACAAAAUGUGUCUCUAUCACUCAAUGGCAUAACAAGAGACUCUCAUAAAUAAUAGAACAUAAAUAGUUUAUUUUACUUUUACUUAGUUUU